AUGAUGUUGAAGCAAUUGGUUUGGGGCUCUCUUUUGAGCGUCGCAGUGGCUCAGUUCCCGCCCGAGCCAAAAGGGAUCACAGUGCUGAAAUCCAAGUUUCACGAAAACGUCACCAUUUCCUACAAGGAGGCAAGCCAAAUAUGCGAGACUACACCAGGUGUCAAAUCAUACUCUGGAUAUGUUCAUCUACCUGCCGGUUUGUUAGAUGAUACCGGCGAGGUCCAGAACUAUCCCAUUAAUACAUUCUUUUGGUUCUUCGAGUCAAGAAUAGACCCUCACAAUGCCCCAUUGGCAAUCUGGCUCAAUGGCGGGCCAGGCGGUUCGUCCAUGAUGGGAUUGCUCGAGGAGAAUGGGCCUUGCUUUGUAGGUCCGGACUCGAAGUCGACAUACCUCAAUCCCUGGAGCUGGAACAACGAGGUCAACAUGCUUUAUCUCGACCAGCCAACUCAGGUCGGAUUUUCAUACGACAUCCCAACCAACGGCACACUGCGGCUGAUUGAAGAGGACGAGGCUUCUUGGGAAACCGUUGCCAGUGAUUUCACCGACGGAGUCCCUUUGAGCAAUUUCACCCACCGCGUUGGGACCUUCUCUAGCCAGGACCUGGAGCGCACGGCCAACACCACGGCCUUCGCAGCCCACGCGCUCUGGCACUUUGCCCAGACCUGGUUCUUUGAGUUUCCGGCUUAUAAACCCAACGACAACAGGAUCAGCUUGUGGGCCGAGAGCUACGGCGGCCACUAUGGACCGGGCAUCUUCAGGUUCUUCCAGCAGCAGAACGAGAAGAUCGCCAACGGGAGCUCGCCGGAGGAGAACGCACAUUAUAUUCACCUCGACACUUUGGGUAUCGUCAACGGGCUUAUCGAUAUGCUCAUAGCGGGCGAGUCGUACAUCAGCUACGCAUAUAACAACACCUACGGCAUUCAAGCCUUCAACCAAUCCGCCCACGAUUACUUGAUGCAUCAGUGGAUCAAGCCCGGCGGCUGCAAGGAGGGGCUCGCUGCGUGCCAGGAGGCACUGAAGGCACGUGACGGCUACAAUUCCAGCAGCAACGGUGAGGACUGGAGGGAGAUAUGCGGUGCGAUGAACGGAAGCUGCGGGUUCGGAGAAUCGGUUUCUAUGUACCAGAACAGCGGUCAUGGAUGGUAUGAUAUUGCGCAUCCGAAGGAGGAUCCGUUUCCCGCACCCUACAUGUACGGAUACCUGACCCAGGAAUCCGUGCUCGAAGCCCUCGGUGUUCCCGUGAACUACUCGGAGCACUCAGACGCCGUGGGGACCAAGUUCCAGGAGACCUUCGAUAUAUACCACGGCGGCUUCCUCGAGGCCAUCGGCUAUCUGCUCGACACCGGCGUCAAGGUCCACAUGAUGUACGGCGACCGCGACUACGCCUGCAACUGGGUAGGCGGCGAGGCCUCGUCGCUGGCGGUGCCGUACUCGCGAAGAUCCGACUUCGCGGAGGCGGGCUACGCGCCGCUGCUGACGCCGGGGGGCCACAGCGGGUUCACGCGGCAGUUCGGCAACUUCAGCUUCUCCCGCGUCUUCCAGUCCGGGCACGAGGUCCCCAGCUACCAGCCCGCGGCCGCCUGGUCCAUCUUCAACCGCGCGACCUUCGGGCUCGACAUCCCCACGGGGCUCGCCGCCACUACGGACGAGUUCGCCACCGAGGGCCCCCACAACACCUGGGACGUCAAGAACGAGGUCCCCGAGUGGCCCGAGGCCAGGUGCAACGUGUUGAAGCCGGGGACGUGCGUGCCGGAGCUGUUGGAGAAGAUGAAGCAGGGCAAGGUGGUCGUGGAGGACUUCUUCGUUGUUGGUGUCAUCGAAGACGAGGAAGAGGACGGCCGGACUGCGCCUGUGGUUGAUGCGGGGCAGGACAGACAGCAGGUCAUCGGUGAACUUUAGGCCGGACAAUUUGUAUUCAUGUACGUUUUGCCGCAGCUGGUUAUAAACAGCUGCUCGGUUCCCAAGUCAACGAUGGACGCAUCGCUUUGUAAUCACGUCUUACAAUGUAUAUUGGGAGGAAUUAAUUAUUGCUCGAUAUCAUCGGUUAAUAUAUGAAGUAUCCGCAUGUCCCUUAGAUAAUAGCUUCGGUACGCGUUAGCUGAAACCAUUUAGUAAAUCUUAGAGUAAGACAUGGUACCACUUCAACAAGGCCUCGGUAUAUAAAAAGCACAGUUCGGAUUUCUACUUCAUCCAAUGACUCAACCAGACCGAGCCGUGCCGGCCCCCUCCGGCCCGGUAUCAUCCCCUCUCCCUUGCCUCUUCUCCC